AUGGGCCCCAAGACGGAACGCAGCUUGCCUGCCAAGCACAACCCCCUCAUGAUCGGGGAAAUUCCGGAUUACAACGAUUUGGUUGCGCGCCGGCGCCUAGGACAGACCAAGCUGACGCCUAAGAUGGUCGGCGCGGGCGAAGUCGAGCAGACGACUCUCGGCGUCUUCGAUUACGCCCACCUCCGCGCGCCUCUGCCCAAGGGCAUCGUCUCCGGCAUCUUCAAGUCCAGCCCCAACAGCUACUUCCUGAUGCGCCGCAGCUUCGACGGUUACGUGUCCGCGACCGGCAUGUUCAAGGCCACGUUCCCCUACGCCGAGGCCGCCGACGAGGAGACCGAGCGCAAGUACAUCAAGUCCCUUGCGACUACCAGUCCCGAGGAGACGGCCGGAAACAUCUGGAUUCCCCCGAACCAGGCUCUCGCCCUUGCCGAGGAGUACCAAAUCGCGCCCUGGAUCCGCGCCCUGCUCGAUUCUGCCAAGAUUCCCGUAACCAACACUCCUGAUUCGCCUCCCAAGAGCAUCACCGCGCCUCCCAAGUUUGAUGCGACCAAGCCUCAGCCUCAGCUGGCCCCUCCCACGCCUUCAGCUAUCCCGAGACGAUCUCGCCGAUCAGUGAGCCCUACCAAGAGCACCAGCACGAAGCGAGCGGCCGCGUCGCCCCGAAAGCGAAGCACCCGUGCCAAGGUCGAGGCGGUCGAGGUGAUUGCUGAGAAGUCGGAGGGUAUCAACGGCGAGGCCCAGGAGAACAAGCUCGGAGAUAUCGUCAUGAAGUCAACCGAGUUCGAUCCCGCGAUUGUCCUGGAGUCCAGAGAGGAGGACCUCCAGCUCAAGGUCCGCAUCGAAGAGAAGGUCCACAAGAACUCGGAAGGCGUCGAGACCAAAUGCACCGUCACCGAGGUCGAGGUUCCCCUUCCUACCGCUGGCGAGCCCCCGAGCGCCGAGGAGAUUGCUCAGAUGAUUGCCGCAGCCCAGGGAGACGUCCAGAAGCAAAAGGAAGAGGAGAGCAAGAAGGCAGAGGAAGAGGAGAAGGCGGAGGGUGAGGACGAUGCGCCCAAGCUUGUGUCAGCUCCCACCUCGGCCAAGAAGAGCAAGCGAAAGGCUGCCGACAUUUCUGUUGGCAACAAGAAGGCUAAGGCUGCUGCCGAGAAUGCAGGAACUGCAGCGAGCGCCCAGAAUGCAGCAGAGGAGGCGCCCAAGGAAGACGAGGAACAGCCUAGAGCCAAGAAGGUCAAGACUGACGCCGAGCUACGGAAAGACAAGGUCAAGAACCGAGCACUAUUCGGAUUGGGAGCCACUGUUGCAGUUGGCGCCAUCGUUCCCUGGCUCAUGAACUUCAUCUAA